AUGUCGUCGUCGAGCACGCCGUGCGCCGCAUGCAAGCUGCAACGCCGGAAAUGCACGCAGGAGUGCGUGUUUGCGCCGUAUUUUCCGCCGGACCAACCGCAGAAGUUUGCUAACGUGCACAAGGUGUUCGGAGCAAGUAACGUCGCGAAGCUACUGAACGAACUGCACACUUCUCAGAGGGAGGACGCCGUGAAUUCCCUGGCGUACGAGGCGGAGUGCCGCCUGCGCGACCCGGUGUACGGCUGCGUCGGCUUAAUUUCCAUCCUCCAGCAGAAACUGAAGCAGGUGCAGCACGAUUUGCUGAGUUCCAAGCGGGAAUUGGCGAAUUACAUCGGACCGGCUGCAAUGCAGCCACUUGUCCAACAUCCCGGGUUUCUCCAACAUCCUAACAACCCCUCUAACUACCUUGUGGGACUCCCCACAGUAGUGCCCCACGCCGCCGCCCAGCUGAUCGCCCAUGAUUCCUUGCAGCAACAACAGCAACAGCCUUUCAUUGAGCCUUACCAUCAAUUAGCCGGCGUGGUUAGAACAUAUGAUCAGCAGCAGCAACAACAGCAACAGCAACACGAGCUUAUGACGUUUAACAGUGGAUUUGAGUCCGGAGGGCCAGUAAACGGCGCCGGAAUGUUCCAUCAGAUGAGCUCUGCCGCUUCUAUGCCUCCUUAUGACACUCCUUACGCGAUGCAACAGCCGGGACAAGAACACUUUGAUCCUAAUCAUGACCAGAUUCAGCUUCAAUCCCAACCGCCAAUGCAACAACAGCAACAACAACAGCAGCAGCCUCCUCAGCCGCAAGAGAGACCCAAAAAUGAGGAGGGCAGGAGCGUUGAUCCUUCGUGCUAAUAACAACAUCCUCUCAUCAUUGUGAUUGCUAUGCCCCUCCAAACUUCAUCUAUUCUCCCAACACUGCCAUUUAUUUCAUCCAGCUAGCUAAUUUCAGGCAUGCAUACAGAAGCGCACAGCGGAAGUGAGAGGAGGAUCAAACUUAAGAUUGUUGAAAUCGAUCUGAUGGUGAAAUGUGUGUAGAAAGUGAAAAAAUUUCCUCAUUUAUACAGGGAGGGUUUUGACUAUUGAAGGGUGUCCUGUAAUUACACAGGGAGGCACGUGAGAGCUGCAUUGAUGGUGAUAUGUAGGAUGUUUUCCCUUCGCAGUUUUCAGGCAGGAUUCUUUUAAUGUUAUCUAUCCAUGUCCAGUGGACGACCAUAUAUAUAUAGAGAGAGAGAGUAUAUUUAGCUACUCUAGCCUGGUUUUAAUUAUCUGGAGAAUUAUAUUAUA